AUGUUCAACAACAAAUGUCAAUAUCCUUCAGUGGAGAUCAUGGCUUUCAGUAAAGAAAUCUGGUCCCGUCUUACGACCCGAACUGACAGCGAAGGCAGUAGCAAGUGGUCAUCACUGAAAAUAACCGUCUAUGGGGCAACUGUGGAAAUUCUCGGAUUCACUCAGCGGCGCCGCAAUGACUGGAUCACCGGAAAAAGCCCACAGGUGUCGGCCCAGACGACUCGAGCCAGGUCCUGCAACUAUGCUUCCUUCCGCCGUAUCCAAGAGCUGAUAGCGAAGUCGGCUAGAGAUAACUGGCAGAAGAAUAAGUCCGAAACGGUGACUUCUAUGGAGCAGGCUUUAAAUGUUGUUGACAGUCGAACAUUGUACCAAAUCAUCCGCCAAGCUAGCGGUAAGCCCCAGACACUCUGUGAUUUUGUUCGCGAUGUGAAUGGCGGCUUUAUUGCUGACAUCUCUACUAAGACCGAUCUCUGGCGUGAACACUUCAAGCACCUCCUCAACUUUGCUGAGCAACUCAUCACAUCCCCACUCUCCUACACAGCGGAGUUUCAACCUCCACCCUACACAGCGUCGUGUGACCUCCCUUCCGAAGAGGAAGUUGCCGAUGCAAUGUAG